AUGUGCGGCAUCCUCCUCGGCAUCUUCGCUCGUGAAGGCGCCGCCGCCGCAACCGCCGCUGCAACCGACGCCAUUCCCGCAGUGUCGAAACCACUAUGGAGGGCUCUACAGCAUGCUAACAGCCGGCGAGGCCCCGACGGACACUCCUCAAUCACCCUCCCCCUAACCCGCACGCACACCGCCGUUCUCGAAGGCUGGACGCUCCAUCUCCGCGGCAAGGACACCGUCACGCAACCGAUCCAGGACGCUCACGGGAGCUGGCUUUGCUUUAAUGGCGAGAUAUUCGGAGGGUUGCAGCCGGCUGCAGGCAGGAUUUAUUUCGGCCGUGACGUGCUAGGACGGCGAUCUCUGCUGUGGCGGUUUCCGAAGGACGCGCAGAGGCCCUUCUACAUCGCGUCGGUCGCGCCUUUAGAAUCCUCGACCGCGCCUGUGGAAGACGGAGAGUCUCUACAGGAGGGGUGGGAGGAGAUACCGGCUGAUGGCAUGUAUUGCUUGUCGUUGGCCAAUGGACCGCAGGAGCGGAUAUCGAGACGGCAUUUGAAACACGUACCAUGGCGGCAACCAGACCAACCCCCCGACGAAGCGCAUAUCACAUCAACCGAGAUAUCCAUUCCAGCGCCUUUUGUACGGCUAGCGACCACACUCCCAGACCCUUCUGACCUCCUGGAAGUGGAACCCGAUGAUUCAGCGAAGUUUCCACACCGAACAUUACCAUCGAUCGUCUCCGCACUGGACAAGCUGGAACAGAUAUUGGCGGAGUCUGUGAAGGCCAGGGUCGAGAAUAUUCCUCCUGCAAGCACACCGACAUUCGCGCGCCUUGGUAUACUGUUUUCGGGCGGGUUGGACUGCAUUUGUCUCGCGGCCCUUGCCGAUCGCUUCCUCCCCCCCGGCGAACCGUGCGAUCUACUUAAUGUCGCGUUUGAGAGCGCUAGGAAAAGGGCUAACCCGACGCCGCAGAAAUCUAAACGCGGGAAGGGUGCGGAACACGGUGGGGAAGCGGGCACUGCCACGAACGACAAUACGAAUGACAGUAAGGAUGGGGACGACAGCAUUUACACCGUCCCCGACCGCCUGACAGGCCUUUCCGGCGUCGCCCAACUCCGCGCGCGCUACCCAACCCGUGACUGGCGCUUCGUCGAGAUCAACAUCCCCUACCCCGACGCCGUCGCCGCCCGCUCUCACAUCCACGCGCUCAUGAACCCGCUUGACACCGAGAUGGAUAUCAGCAUCGCCAUCGCGUUCUGGUUUGCUGCACGCGGCAAUGGUCAUAUCCGAUCCCCCACCACGGGGGAGAAACAACCGUACACAAGCGCCGCGAAAGUCCUCUUCAGCGGGCUGGGUGCCGACGAGCAGCUGGGCGGGUACAGCCGGCACCGCACGGCGUUCGAGAAACGCAGCUGGGCCGGUCUCAUUGAGGAAGUACAAACCGACAUCGACCGCAUCUCCACGCGCAACAUGGGCCGCGACGACCGGAUUGUGUCUGACCACGGGAAAGAGGUGCGGUUCCCCUACCUCUCCGAACACCUCCUCGCGUACCUCUGCACGCUGCCCAUGCACGUCAAAACGGAUCCGCGGUACCCGCGCGGGGUGGGGGAGAAGCUGCUGUUGAGGGAGCUGUGUCGCAGGUUGGGCCUUGUGAGGGCCGCGGGGGAACCGAAGCGGGCGGUGCAGUUUGGGGCGAGGAGUGCGAAGAUGGAUGUGGGGACGAGGGCGGUUAGGGGGGGUUGGAGGGUUGGGAAGGGUGGGAGUGGUAGAGAGGUUGAGGGGGAUAAGGAGUAG